AUGCUAAAAUAAAUAAAAAAAGCUAAAAAACUAAAGUUACUUCAAUAACCCCACACUCAUAAUAAGAUUCUUAUUAGGAGCGAUAAAAAAAUGUCAAAUUAUAAAAAAAUUUUCAUCACUCAAUAGAUUUAAAUUCUAUAAUCUAGACGUAUAAUCAUAUAUCAUUUAACUAAAGCGAUUAAGAACAUAAUUGUAUGUAUUUGUGUUAUUUUUAGAAGUUUGUGAUAUAACUGAAAAUAUAGAUAGAGUUUAUUCGCUUUAAUUUAUGACUAACAAUGAGGAAAAAUAAUAAUCUAAAGCUUAAAAUAAUGAAAAGAUGAAUUAAAUUCGCAAAAUAGUGAAGGAAAAGAAGGAUGUAAAAAGAAAUAAGAAAAAAACUAGAGAAAAAGGUUUUUCUUUUGAGGAAGAUUAACGAUUGCUCAAAUAUAUUUUAAAGAAAGGACCAAAAUUUCAAAAGUUUUCAAGAUAAUAUCCAGGAAAAACAACAAACAUGUUAAAGAAUAGAUAUUAUAAAUAACUAAGAUUUGUUUGGGAGGUAUAUGAUUUUAUAUAUAAGUUAAUACUAACAUUUGAAUUUUACUCCUUUAAAGCACCCUUAAAACACCGAAAUAAAAAAUGA